CGAAAGAAUACGUUGGUGUGCGGUUGUUAUAGCUUGUAGGCUAUAACUAGGAUACUGUAGGCAGAUGUUUUGAGUGUAACAGUUGUGUGCGCUUCAUAUUUUCAAACUUUUUUGGCCUUACAAUUAACGAGCAAUGAGGAGCAUCGAAGUUCUAUUAACUUUUUUGGUGUUAUUGGUAUCUUUCAUUGCCGCAGAUGAACGCUGUAUAAAAAACUGUCAGAGAGACUUCGAUCCGUCUAAUUUGUGGUAUGUUUGGGUGAUUCUUGUAUUUAUAUCUGCGCUACUUGGAUGCGGAUUUAUCGCCAGCUGCAUCAAGAUGUGCUGUAGAUCGAAUAAGCCACCUGUUCCGGUGUUUGAGAGCCACCCCCUUGAAGUCACCGUAAUUUCCAUCGAUCACCAUCAAAACACAAUGCGCAACAUAAGCCCCGCUCCCUCCUUUACCCAAUCGCACGCGCCCCGCCCGUUCACGACUGCAGCGGACAGCUUCUCUCCUCCGCCCUACAACCUGUGCACCCUGGACAGCCUGCCACAGUACGACGAGGCUUUGGCCAUGCCCGCCAACGCGCCGGCACGCGUCGGCAUCGGAAACGCCGAGGACCUCCCCGGGGACUUCUACGAGGCGCGCUCGCCCGACGGGGAGGGGGAGCCGACGGAGUUCACCUGGGAGGCCCCGCGGCGAGAGGGCCUCCGGGACACGCCGGACUACACGGCGUGGGAUGAGGAGGAGGAGGAGGAGGAGCCGCCGGCAUACGAGCUGUACGGCGGCGUAGCCGAGGACGAAUUUAACGAAGUGGACCUGGAUGAACUUGACCCCGCCGAGAGGCACGGGGAGGACGUCGACACCCGCGAACAAAACGUCUGAAGCUGGACUUCGCAAAAAAACCCCUGUCAUGAAGCCGGGAGAUGAACCCAAGGACCCAGACCGCUCUAGAAGUGUAAAGGUCUUGCACUUGGGGGCAAGGAAUGGGAGCGUCGCCCGCCGGAAGACAAAAGGCACCAACGCGCAAAAUCAGUUUGGGUUUGUUUGUCUAGCUGGAGCCUGUGCCCUAUGGCCUACACUUCCCCCCCCCCCCUCCAUUUCACCACAUGCGUUCGGCUCUGAUAAGGCGCUGUGUCACUGUUUACAGUCAUGGCUGCUUCAGGCGCGCAUGACCAAGCCUUUGCUUUGGUGAAAAACAGAGGGAGCGGAGAGGGCUUCCUGCUUUUGUGUGAAACCCUCAUUGUUCUCGUCGUGAAAAAAAAAAAGGGCCAACACCGCCCCCCUGCCUCCCCCACCGC